GUCUAUCUUUGCGGCAUCAUACCAGGUCCCAAAGCACCGUCUCUUCAACAAAUUAAUCACUUCUUACGUCCCCUGAUUGAUGAGAUGCUGGAAUUCUGGGAAGGCGGAGUGUAUAUGGCGCGAACUGCGCUGUAUAAGGACGGGCGUCUAACACGUUGUGCCAUCAUCCCUCUCAUAGCUGAUCUUGGGGUGGUGAAGAAGACGGCAGGACAGGCUUCGCACAGUGCGACUUGGUUUUGCUCGUUUUGCAAGAUCCAGAAAAAAGACUUGAACAACGUGUAUCCAGAAACUUGGGGCACUCGAACGUGCGACGAACAUCGAUUGCAUGCAUACCAAUGGCGAGAUGCUGCCACGGAAAAGCAGCGUGAAACAUUGUUCAAGAGGCACGGGGUUAGGUAUUCUGAGCUUCUUCGCCUUCCUUAUUGGAAACCGUCGAGAUAUGUCGUUCUUGAAACGAUGCACAAUCUUUUCUUAGGAAUCCUGCAAUGUCAUUGUCGCACCUUUUUUGGCAUGGAUGUCAAGUCAGCUUCAAGGGAU